AGUGGUUAUAGCAGUGGAGCUGGGAGCCAGGACUCCUGGGUUCUAUCCUUGCCUCUGGGAGGGGAGUGGGGUCUAGUUUACCAAGCAUAGUCAGGCCCACCCCUCCAAUCGGUGACAUUUCUCCAUUUGACUGUAACGCGAUGACCUUUGAAUGCUGCAUCCAACCGAGUCCAAAAUGUUCGGAAACAUGGCGGGCGUUGGUGGAAAGGACCCCGUCUGUUGGGGUGAAACCCGGAGAUCCAAUAAAUCCCCUCACACUGACAACCUGCCCAGCGCCCGGCCAACACCGGGUACAAAUUCUGAGACCCCAGAGCGAGCCGACAGUUUUAGGGAAAAGUGAUUUAUGACCAUUAAUAGUGCUAAAAAUUAGAAAACCAGCAACAGCUCUUCUACAGACACUCCCCGACUUAUGCAACGUUCCGUUCCAGAAGGCCUUGCGUAACUCGAAUUUUGCGUAAAUCAGAAACGUAUACCUGACCAUUAUACACACACACACACAAAACCCCUCCUGUUUCUAGCAUACGGAACUUUUUCCGUAAUUGCGGAUUUGCGUAAGUCGGGUUUGCGUAACACGGGGGGCGUCUGUACUCAGAGCUCUAACGGUACAUAGGCUGAUAGUUCAUGUGCUCCGAUACCGCCGUGUUCUACCUUACGCAAAUAUGCCUCACAGAGCUCUGGCGUUCACGGUUCUAGUUCCCCUGGCCACGUUGCUCUUCCGCUUAUGCACAAUAAGGAUUGGUUGAUAAACCUCAAAGACUGUGGGCUGGAACCGAACUAACGAGGAUUCGUAGAGGUGACAUCCAGUCGACACGUUAGAUCAUGUAGUUUGGAUCACAAGCCAUUCAGUUUACCCAGUGUCCCUGUAUUUAGCCUUAAUAACAUGCAUUGGACUAGAGCGUAUUUUCCAGUCUGGAUUUGAAGAGCUCAAGAUAUGGAGAUGCCACUUCCCUUGGCUGUUUGGGCCAAUGGUUUUCUUCUGGAAUUGGGGCUGUCUUUCCAAUUGGAAUUUGGCUGCCUGCUGCAUUCAGCCGUUGGUUUGGGUUCUGCCUUUUUCCGCUAGAUUACAGAGUCCUUCAGCACUGGGUAUUUGGAUGUAGACGCCAUUGGAGAAGGUGGAAGAAUGGACAACGUUCUUCUAAAAAAUGGGGUUCUCCAACGCUCCGUCCUCUGGGCAUUGGCUGAGCUGAGGAAGCCCCUAGGUAGGAGUGCUAAGAUCUGAUUUUGAAUUUUAUGGUUCACUGUCUAUCCUGCCCAGGACCAACAAGCAACCAGCAGCAACCAAAGCAAAGGGUCAAACCGUGUGCCAUCAAUGGCGUCUGCAGCCCAAGGAUGCGCUGCGUGCUGUUACCGAGGUGGUGGGAGCCAGCGCCUGGUGUCACCGGGAGAGCACCAGAGGCUAGUUCAUGCCAUGGAGACAGCUCUCCAGCGGUGGCUGCAGGGGGACUGUUGUUGCCGCGCCACUACCUGUGCCUUGGAGACGCUGGCCAAAUGCGCCCGUCAAUUGGUAGCACAGAGAGCGCGCCAUGGAGACGCCUCUCCAAUGCCAGUGGCAGCUGCAGGGAGCCCACCAGCGCCAGGCUGUUGCCUGCAGAAUGGAAACAAUGCUACAAAGCCAGCGGCCUCUCUUGGAAGAUCAAGAGCGUCAUGCCAUUGCCUGCGCCACGGAAACGAAGCUCCACCAUGAGAAGCGUCGGCCGACGGCGCCGAUAGAUUAGCGUCACAGGGAGAACAUUGCUUAAAUGGCUGUUCCAUGGGAACCUGGCCCAUUACUCACUUGCGGCGGCAAGCAGCCAGAUGUGAUCAGGAAGAGGUUGCCCAUGCGGAUCCGUCUGGACUUUAUCGCACGGCAAUAGAGUGCAGCGAAGGCCGGGGACGUUGGGAGCGAUUUCUAGGAGCGGUCGGAGCCGGGGGCUCUCGGAAGCAGCACAGGCAAUAAGCUAUUUGCACUUAACUCGAGGGGCUGGCCAAGCCCAGGGCUCAGCCAACUUCGCAGUGCCAACGGCCGUGCCGAUUUUCGGUUGGGUUGUUCCAGUCACUGCUGCCUAGAGCCUCCCUGGCAGCAUCGGCUGCGGCGUUCCAGAAAGACAGACAAGCAGCUGGCUUGGGGUUGGAUAACGCCUGGCCUCCAUAAGCGAAGAAAUGCACGACCCUCUAGUUUCCAAACCACUGGUCAAAUAUUUUGUGGUAUUAGCGACUAAUUAGUACUUAUUGGUCAAUUAUUUAAUUAGCUGGUCAAUAACCAAGCAAUCCUUUCCACAAGCUAAUUAUUUUUAUAAUGGUUUGACUAUUUCUUUGUGAGCCAGUAAGUUCGUCACGGAGCAAUCGUUUCUAGAAGCUAAUCCCCAAGUAAUGCAAUCGGGGUUCGAUUAUUUGUUAGCAGUAAUUGCGCAUUAAACUGAAUUGCAUUAUUAGUAAUUAUUGUGCGUCUUAUCCUAGUGUCUCUGCGGCCUGGUCACAGACACACAACAAGCACCGGUGCUGCCCCAGGAAACUUAUUUCCAGGAUCGUUCGGCUACCUCCCUAACUAACGACACCCAAAGACAUAAUUGUCCUAACUAGCUAAGGAAGGUCUCAGGCUCCCCGGGGGGACGUGGGACUGACGAUUUGGGGUUCAGACCCCCUUAACGCAGCUGUCCCCGUGGGCUGCCCAGCCCGGGAGCCCCAGGCCAAGGACCCCCCGGUGGCGGGGCCAGCCAUGCCCCCCAACAAGGAGUCGCCAGGUAACCCCAGCUCGCCGGCGGCCCUCAUCUGCCUGCCGCCCAUCUCGGAGGACCUGCAGCUGGUGUGGACCCAGGCGUCCCAGACCAGCGAGCUGGACGGCCACCAGCCGCUGCGCCAGGCCUUCAGCUACUUCCCCUACCCAAGCCUGGCCGAUCUGGCACUGCUUUGUCUGCGCCAUGGCCUGCAAUUGGAGAAGGUCAAGGCCUGGUUCAUGGCCCAGCGGCUGCGCUGCGGCAUCAGCUGGAGUGCCGAGGAGAUCGAGGAGACGCGGGCGCGGCUGGCCUGCCGCCAGAACCGCCCAGCCUUCGGGGCCCUACUGGCCCCUGGCGACCCCCUGACGCAAACUGGCAAGGCCCCAGGAGGCAGGGAAGCCCCCACGGCCACACACCACAAAGCCAAGCCCCAGGAAUCCCCAGGGAGCUGUUCGGCUGCGGCCCAUGGGCCCCCAGAGCCGGGGAGAGCUUCCGCGGCCCCCCACCCCAAAGCCAAAGAGACGAUGACGCCGCCCCCCAGCCUUUUCCCCACGCCGCCCCCUCCGUGCCGGGCCUGGAUGGAUCCUCCGGCCGGCGCCAGCCACCCCGACACCGCCUGGGACCUCAGCAAACCGUGCCGGCUGGCGGCGGCCGACACUGCGCCGCCCUCCUCCGGAGCCGCCGUCAACGGGGCCGAGGCAUGGGCCCGGCCCGGCCACCCCCACAGCACCCUGGAGGCCCAGCGGCAGCGCAAGAGCCGGCGGAAGAGCAAGGAGCAGCUGGCGGUGCUGAAGUCAUUCUUCCUGCGGUGCCAGUGGGCGCGGCGGGAGGAUUACCAGUGGCUGGAGCGGAUCACCGGCCUGCCGCGGGCAGAGAUCAUCCAGUGGUUUGGGGACACCCGCUACGCCCUCAAGCACGGGCACCUGCGGUGGUUCUGGGAUAACACCGUGCCCCCCACUGCCGCCCUAGAGCCCGGGCCCCGCACGGACACGGGCCCGCUGGAGCGGUACUGGGCCGCCCAGCAGCAGCUGCGCCAGGACGACCUGCCAGCCCUGUGCCGCGAGUCAGGCAUGGGGGCCCAGCAGGUGCUGAACUGGUUCUACUCCCGCUCGCCCGAGCCAGCCGAGGUGGUGGUGUGCCUGGGCGAGGAGCCCGAGGACGAGGACGAGGAGGCCGGGCUCAUGGUGCAGGACGACGGGGAGGAGGAGGAUGACGAGCCGGAGGAAGAGGACCUGGGCACCCAGGAAUGAGGAGCUUCGGAGACUCCCCGGGGAGGGUGGGGGUUGGGGGGAACCGACUCGUGUGCUGGGGCUCUGUUCUGUCUAGUUCCUCCCUCUGUUCUAGAACCCAGAUCUGGGUCCUGCAUCUAGUUCCCCCUGCCUCUCCAUUCCUGGGCCCCACGUUCCCCCCACUUCUCCCCAGCUCUAGAACCCGGGUCCUUCUCCCUUUCUGUUCUGGAACUUGAUAUUACGCAGUUCUGCUCCCUAGAUCAUUGUUGUAAUUUGCUCUCCAUGCCUCAAGAUCCAGAUCUGGGUUUGUUCCCCCCCCAUCUUGGUGCUCUAGAACAAAGACCUGGUUCUCCUCCCUGUUCUAGAAUCUAGGACCCUGUUUCGCCACCUCUGUGUUCUAGAAUCCCAAUCAUGCCCUGAUCCCUUUCCUCUGCUAGAACAGAGGGACACCCCCAAGCUCUGCCACAGGCCCUAGAACUUGGAGCUCUUGACCUAGAACCCAGCUGUCCAGUUCCCUCUAUCAUGCUCUAGACCCCAGAUACCAUUUCACUCCUAGUCCUCUACUCUAGAACCUAUGUUCUCCAGUUACUGGUUUGUGCUCUAGAACCCGGAACCUUCUGACCAGUUGUCUGGAUUCAGGUAUGCUCCCUUCUCCAGACUUCCCCUACCACUCCCCCUCCUUCAGGCACCUCUGUUUCUAGAGUCUGUCCUGGUUCGUCCCUCCCCUCCUUCUAGAUCACGUUAAGGCCCUGUUCCCCAGAGAGACGGGUGGAGGGAGCUGGGUGGGGGCAGCAUCUGGCCUGGAGGGGGUGGGAGAUGGUCUGUGGGGGCUCCGUGGGUUUGGUUUUACAAACUGGGCAGGAGAAAAUGGGGCGGCGGAGAGCGGGUGCGGGGCGGCCUUUCCCUGGCGGCUGUUGGUCCUUUCUGGAGUCGUUAAUUUAUAAUGCCCGGCUGGCGCGAGUUAAAGCGAGGUUUGAAGUUGAA